ACUCACUGAGUUCCAAUGACUCAACUGGCAGCCAAUGUCCCCAGAAGCCACCAGAGGCCAGACAUAAGAGCACCCAUGGGACCCACCGUAUGAGUCUCCACCAGCCUCAUCCUUGGGGUGAUGUUGCAGCAUGGCUGUCUGACACAAGCCCAGGGUGAAAGUUUCAGAGCUUCUUCAGUAUUUACAGACCCUGAGGCAGAUAGCACACCUGGAAGACAUGCGUGGAAGUCAGGGACCACAGGAGCUUUUGAUCAGCAAGAGAUGGCUCUUCCAAGCAAGAAGAGUGCUAUUCUGGUGGAUGGGGUUGUACUGAAUGGUCCAACCACAGAUAGAAGAGCAGGAGAAAAAUUUGUAGAAGAAGCCUCUAGGCUAAUAAUGGAAGAAGUGAUUUUGAAAGCUACAGAUGUUAAUGAGAAGGUGUGUGAAUGGCAGUCUCCUGAACAGCUGAAGCAACUUCUUGACUUGGAGAUGAGAGACACGGGAGAGUCCCACGACAGGUUGUUGCAGCUCUGCCGAGAUGUCAUACGCUUCAGUGUCAAAACUAACCACCCAAGAUUUUUCAACCAACUAUAUGCUGGACUUGAUUAUUACUCUUUGGUGGGUCGAUUUAUGACAGAAGCAUUAAAUCCUAGUGUUUAUACGUAUGAGGUGUCCCCAGUGUUUCUGUUAGUGGAAGAAGCAGUUCUGAAGAAAAUGAUUGAAUUUAUUGGAUGGCAAGAAGGAGAUGGAAUUUUUAACCCAGGUGGUUCACUGUCCAAUAUGUAUGCAAUGAAUUUAGCUAGAUACAAAUACUGUCCUGAUAUUAAGGAAAAAGGGCUGUCUGGGUUGCCAAGAUUAAUCCUUUUCACAUCUGCAGAGUGUCAUUACUCCGUGAAGAAGUCAGCCUCUUUUCUGGGGAUUGGCACUGAGAACGUGUGCUUUGUGGAAACAGAUGGAAGAGGUAAAAUGAUACCUGAAGAACUGGAAAAGCAGGUCCUUCAAGCCAGAAAAGAGGGGUCAACACCAUUUCUUGUCUGUGCCACCUCUGGAACAACUGUGCUAGGCUCCUUUGAUCCUCUGGAGGAAAUCGCAGAUGUCUGUGAGAGGCAGGGCCUCUGGCUCCACGUGGACGCUUCUUGGGGUGGCUCAGCUUUGAUGUCAAGGAAGCACCGCAAACUUCUGCAUGGCAUCCACAGGGCUGACUCGGUGGCCUGGAACCCACACAAGAUGCUGAUGGCUGGAAUCCAGUGCUGUGCUCUACUUGUGAAAGACAAAUCUGAUCUUCUUAAGAAAUGCUACUCUGCUGAGGCAUCUUACCUCUUCCAACAGGAUAAGUUCUAUGACGUUAGCUAUGAUACAGGAGACAAGUCUAUCCAAUGUAGCAGGAGACCAGAUGCAUUCAAAUUCUGGAUGACCUGGAAGGCCCUGGGGACAUUAGGCCUUGAAGAGAGAGUUAAUCGUGCUCUUGCUUUGUCUAGGUACCUAGUAGAUGAGAUCAAGAAGAGAGAAGGAUUCAAGUUACUGAUGGAACCUGAAUAUGCCAAUAUUUGCUUUUGGUACAUUCCACCAAGCCUCAGAGAGACGGAAGAAGGACCGGAGUUCUGGGAAAAACUUAAUUUGGUGGCCCCAGCCAUCAAAGAGAGGAUGAUGAAGAAGGGAAGCCUCAUGCUGGGCUACCAGCAGCACCGGGGAAAGGUGAACUUCUUCCGUCAGGUGGUAAUUAGCCCUCAAGUAAGCCGGGAGGACAUGGACUUCCUCUUGGAUGAGAUAGACCUCCUGGGUAGAGAUAUGUAGCAGGGCAUCUGGAGACACAUGGUAGAUUAUAGCCCUUCUGAUGAGAAAUAGGAAGUGCUCCAGUCCAGCCAUUGCAGAACCAAACCGCUAAGCUAAUGGUGAUCAGGACUCUUGUUCCCUGGGCGCUAACGUUGAUACGAAGGAGGCAGUUUUAAAAAGAAUGAGUUUCUCAAGGGUUGUCUCUGGCCAUAGUUGCAAAGAGAGUUUAGUAAAUACCAUUGGAUCUUUGGUUCUAAUCUUACACUGCUCCUUAAAGAACUUAUAAAUUAAUGGUUUAAAACAAUGACUCUUGAAUGGUUCUUGUACUAGCAGAGUCAACAUCAACUGGGAACGUUUAGAAAAUGCAGAUGCUGAAGCCUCACUUCAGACAAACUGAAUCUGAAACUGUGUGUGUGGCUCAGUGUUCUGUAGUUUAACAAGUCCUCCAAGUGAUUUUGAUGCAUUGUAUAAUCUGAGAAACACAGGUUUUUAAAAAAAUCUUGUAUUGAUUAAUCAGUCUGAUGUUUUGCCAGCAAAAGGGUAUCAGCAGCCCUUGAAACACUCCUUGAAAAAUACACCUGUGGCCUUUGUAGUACAGAUUUUAAGGACAUUAGGAGCAUGACAAAACUAGUUUUAAAA